CCUGCGGAGCGCUGCGAGCCGCCCCGUGACCCGCUGAGCGCCCUCCGCCUGCGCGCAGCCGUUACCCCUCCCCGCGGGCCGGCCCGGCUCUGCAGUCGCCAUAGAGACCGCGCCGCACGCCAUGGGGCGGAGGCUGGGCCGGGGGGCGCCGCUGUAGCCCCCGCCCCGCGCCGCGCGCACCAUCCCCGCGGGGUCGGGGGCGCCGAAGGGACGCGCUCUACCGCCCCGAGGAGCCGCCGCCUCGGCCCCGUUCCAGUGACUGGUUAAAUGGAAGCCACUCCUAGGAUCUGGAUGGUUUCUACUGCCUUAGACUUUGCAUAGCAGCUCCAUCACCUCAGGAGGUUGCAAUGAGUGGAGGAGGGGAGCAGCCUGAUAUCCUCAGUGUGGGAAUAUUGGUCAAAGAAAGAUGGAAGGUGUUGAGGAAAAUAGGAGGUGGAGGAUUUGGAGAAAUUUACGAUGCACUGGACUUGCUUACUCGGGAAAAUGUUGCACUGAAAGUCGAAUCAGCUCAGCAGCCAAAGCAAGUACUGAAAAUGGAAGUAGCUGUGUUGAAAAAGCUGCAAGGAAAAGAUCAUGUCUGUAGAUUCAUCGGAUGUGGACGGAAUGAUAGAUUUAACUAUGUGGUCAUGCAGUUGCAGGGUCGGAACUUGGCAGAUCUGCGUCGGAGCCAAUCUCGAGGAACAUUCACCAUUAGUACCACUCUGCGGCUUGGGAAGCAGAUUUUGGAAUCUAUUGAAAGUAUUCAUUCUGUGGGAUUCCUGCACAGGGACAUAAAACCAUCAAACUUCGCAAUGGGACGUUUUCCUAGCACCUGUAGGAAGUGUUAUAUGCUGGAUUUUGGCUUGGCACGGCAGUUUACCAACUCAUGUGGGGAUGUCAGACCACCACGAGCUGUCGCUGGUUUUCGAGGAACGGUACGAUAUGCAUCAAUCAACGCUCACAGAAACAGAGAAAUGGGUCGGCAUGAUGACCUUUGGUCUCUAUUCUACAUGUUGGUGGAAUUUGUGGUUGGGCAACUGCCUUGGAGGAAAAUAAAAGAUAAGGAGCAAGUGGGCUCCAUUAAAGAAAGGUACGAACACAGACUUAUGUUGAAACAUCUUCCUCAAGAAUUUAACAUCUUUCUGGAUCACAUUUCUAAUUUAGAUUACUUUACAAAGCCUGAUUACCAGCUUCUCAUGUCUGUGUUUGACAACAGCAUGAAGACAUUUGGAGUUAUUGAAAGUGACCCAUUUGACUGGGAGAAGAGUGGAACGGAUGGCUCUCUGACGACAACAACAACUUCAACCACACCUCAGUUACACACUCGUCUUACACCGGCUGCAAUUGGAAUUGCCAACGCCACUCCUAUCCCAGGAGAUUUGCUGCGGGAAAAUACAGAUGAAGUAUUUCCUGAUGAACAACUCAGUGAUGGAGAGAAUGGUAUUCCAGUUGGUGUCUCACCAGAGAAACUACCUGGAUCCCCUGGCCAUCAGCGUCCUCAGGAAAAAGAUGUUUGGGAAGAAAUGGAUGCAAACAGAAACAAAAUAAAACUGGGGAUCUGUAAGGCUGCCACAGAGGAAGAAAACAGCCAUGGGCCAGUGAAUGGAAUGCUUAACGCGCCGAGUCUCGGUUCUCCAAUUCGUGUUCGCUCAGAGACCACCCAGUUAGACAGAGAUGUUCCACUGGUGCGAAAGUUACGUUCAAUUCACAGCUUUGAACUGGAGAAGCGUAUGACGUUGGAAUCAAAGCCAGACGCUGAUAAGUUUCUUGAGACUUGUUUGGAGAAGAUGCAGAAAGACUUGAAUGCUGCGACAGAGUCUCCUGCUGCUGCUGUUCCUCCUCUUUCUCAGAAAACACCCCUUCAAGCUCCUGUGACUGCUCGCAUGGACCAUGUUUGGCACUAUGAUGAAGAAUAUCUUCCAGAUGCUUCAAAGCCUGGGUCGGCUAUUUCUCCAGACCAUGCUGAUGGUGUUAUGAGCAAUGGAUUUGUAGCUGUUAACUUAAGCUCCUGCAGGCAGGAGGUUGAUUCUAAGGAAUGGGUGAUAAUAGAUAAGGAACGGGACUUGCAAGACUUCAAGACAAAUGAGGCUUUAGGGCACAAAAUGACCGGAAGUCCCUCAGAUGAAGAGCCAGAGGUACUACAAGUUCUAGAGUCCCCUCGAGAAGAGCAAUCCAGACAGGGUGGUUGGGCAGGAAACAAUGUCAAUGGCAAGAACCAAACUUCAGGGGUGGAGUUUGUUCUGGACAUGGAGUGUCAUCCUGCUGCUUCUGAACAGCUUACAGAUAAGUUGGAACUUCUGUCUGGAGCUGCUGGACAGCUUCUUGCAGCCACCCCUACAAGUCCUAUGGAAGCUCAAGCAGAAGGAGCACUCACUCCGAUAACAAUACCCAGACCUUCAGUGGCAUCCACACAGUCUGCUUCGGAGAGCUUUCACUAUGGCCACCAGCUGGAGAGAAGAGAGCAGGAUGGUCAGUCUGUGGAACACACUGUGGAACUUUCCUCUCCAAAGGAAAGUUUGCCAGGUUUGGUUGUGACAGAAGAUGCAAUUCCAGCUCGUGCCAGCAGACCAGAUUUGGUACUUAAUAUCAGCCAAGAGGUGCUUGAUAGAGAAGGACUUGUCAAAGAAAGUAUGAAUGUCCUGGACUGUGGCCAAAAGGACCUACUUGAACAACACAGUGGGAUACAGGAAGAGAAUGAACUUGAAAAUAUUCCUUUAGGGGAGACUGAGGAAGAAAGGCUUCCAGUGAUUUCUGAGGAUGGCAUUGAAAUGCUAAGCAAAGAGCAGAAUUCUUCUUUGCCAGGAAACUCAAAAUCUGCAGAGGAAGAACCUCUAACAAAUACUGAAGCUGCUGAAGAAUCAAAACAAAGGCCCGUCUGUUUGGUGCCAAAUCAAGAUGAGGGUCUGAAGUCAAUAGCACCUAAAGCAUCAGAAUUGUCUCCCUCAAGAAUUACUAACGCACAUGUUAAUAAACAGGCAAACAAAAUAGCAACUGUUCAGGAAAAUGGUUUUCAUUCUGAUAAAGAAGAAGUCCAUAGCCAAGACUUGAAAUGCCACCGUGGCCUUACUACUUUUUUGCAGCAGGAGAACAAAAAAGAGAAAAAUUCUCCCAGAAAUGGAGUAUUCCACUGCAUUUCAGAAAAUGAGAAUUCUUACCGAUCCAAGAAGGACUCAGUUAAGUCUCCUUUUGUAUUCAGGCAGAGCCGAAUCCCAGUUUUAGCACAAGAGAUAGACUCAAUGUCAGAUUCCUCUUCUGUUUCAGCAAAGGAAAAGCUUCUUCUAAAAAAGGCCCAUCAGACAGACUUGGUGAAAUUACUUAUGGAAAAGAGACAGCUCAUCUUCCUUGGUGACCUCUCAAGUGCCUCUGAUAAGUCACUGGAGGAAAUGGCUGCUGCUCCAGUACCAUUUUCUGAGGAUGAUGUCUUAGCUUCAUUUUCUAGAUUGACACUGGACUCUCAUUUCAGCAAGCAGAAUGAAGAUAGCUCUUUAUCUCCAAGCAGUCCUCAGUCUAGAAAAGCAAGAUUAAGGCCAGUGUCCUGGGCAACCACUGAUCAAGUCACUGGUUCAACUUCAUCUCAGUUCUUUCCUCGGCCACCACCAGGAAAACCGCCUACUAGACCUGGGGUAGAAGCUAGGUUACGCAGAUACAGAGUCCUAGGGAGUAGCAGCUCGGACUCAGAUCUUAUCUCUCGUCUGGCUCAAAUCCUACAGAAUGGAUCUCAAAGACCGAGGAGUUCUACCCAGUCUAAGAGUCCAGGAUCUCCACAUAGUCCAAAAACACCACCCAAGAGCCCUGUCAUCCCCCGACGCAGUCCCAGUGCCUCCCCUAGGAGCUCUUCUUUACCCCGUACUGCCAGUUCUUCUCCGUCCAGGGCUGGGAGAUCCCAUCAUGAUCAGAGGAGUUCAUCCCCACAUCUUGGGAGGAGUAAAUCACCUCCUAGCCAUUCAGGCUCCUCAUCUUCAAGGAGAUCUUGCCAACAAGAGCACUGCUGCAACAAACCAAGCAAGAAUGGUCUGAAAGGGUCUGGCAGUUCCUUCCACCAUUCCCCAAAUACUAAGACUCCCACAGGAAAGAGCAAAUCAACCACUAAGCUUAGCAGAUAGGAACUGGGCCUCAACAGGUAUAAAGUCUCCUCCUAAAUCUGAUGCAUGUUGUGUCCUGUGUACUGUGUAUUAAAAAAAUUAAUCAAAAAAGUAUAUUAAAAAAAAAAAGGUGUUGAAUCUGCACAUUUUAAAGAAAGUAAACAUUGUAAACUAUUCAUAAGAAAUCAUUCUGUGUAAAUAAGUGGCCAGGACUUUGCCUAAGAGCAGGCAGCAAGCAGAUCCACAAGAGGGGGAAGUAGAGGCCAGAAAAAGAAUGACUAGAUAGUCGAAGAGGUGCAAUGUGUUAGAGUAAAAAAAUAUCGUCAAGGGUGAGUGUUUAAAAAGGGUAUUUACCUUGAUGUGUUUUGUUACCUAGUUAGAAGAUUUGGCCUAAUUAUUUAAGGCCUUACAUACUCAAGAGUAUGUAAGAAAACCUGAAAUGAUUAUUCCCCAAACGAUGUCAUCACUCAGGAGAUAAGUUCUGCUCAAGCAUGGCUUUGCAGUUUUAAAAAAGCACACAGAAGAUUAUAGUAUUUGUCCCUUAUAAAUUUUUUUCAUUUUGAGCUGCACUCAUCUCUUGAGUCACUCAGUGCUCAUCUUAUCCACUAUCUAUCAUGGCACGGAUUUUUUACUUAAGGAAGUAUCAUAUACCUUGUCCCUUUUAGCACUGAUGACAUUAAAAAUUACUAACAUUUGCCAAAAUGUUUUUGUAUCUAUAUUAUUUAGAAAUUUCCUUAUUAGUAAUCAGGAUCCAAGAAGCUAAUUCUCAUUUCUACAGAUACAGUUCUUUGGAGUCAUAGUGGAGUUCUACAUUCGGUAGAAAAGCAUUCCUGUCCAGGAAAUGAGAGAAAAAGAGAUGUAUGCACUUCACUGGAUGUUGCAGAUUUACAAGAAAAUGCAAUGUAAGUUGGAAAAUAAGUUAGAAAAUUGAAGUACCUAUUUUUUCAACCUUUAAUUCAACUGAAAAAAAGAACCUUUAUUUUUGCUGGCUUUUGUUUUUUCCAUUAGUUAUGGGUCACCUAAACCACAGAUCCUACCAUGCAAAGACAACUACCAACCAAGAUUUGGUUUUUUUGAUAAUUUAUUUUCUAAAAUCAUGAGAGAUGAAACAGAGAUAAGGAGAUGUUACUUUGUGAACUUACUAGGUUAUAGGUGACAGAACUAUACUUAACACCCUUACAAAAUCUAGUCAGAGAAUAUCAGUCAUCAAAGCAAAUAGAAAGAAAUCUGAAAUAUUUUUUAUGGUUGGAUUCUCGUAAUUUUUUUUUGCCUAAAUGUUGUCUUGAUCAAGCUUUGUUGACACUCAGUAAAGUCCAUAGUGUGUAAUUCCUCCAACUUUAUUGGAGGACGACCUCUUGUACUCUACAGGAUCUCUGUAGAGAAUGAAAAGGCAUGGUACCUUUUGCUAUAUUCAGAAAAGAAUAAUGGGUUAGAAUAAUAACACACAAGAAUGCAAGCCUGAGAAAGAUUGCAGCCAUCUCUCCCUAAUUGUUCCUGUUGUGGGGACACUGGGUGCAUAGGAGACUUGUCAGUUACUGAUCUGCUUGCUGUAGUCAUAUGCCUCUCCAGCCAGCAGCUGUGCUUUUUUAUUUAACCUCUGCCAAAUGAAUACCUUUGGAUUAAAAGGGAAUAUUUUGUCUCUGAGCUAACACAUUCUAAUGCUGCAUUAAAGCUGCCCUAAAGCUGCACUGAAUUUCACUUGCUUUGUCAGACUGUGUUGGUUUUUUUCCUCCUUUCUUACUAUGAGUAUGUAAUAUUGUUUCCCAUACGUUAUGUAGCACAGUGGGGAACCUUAAUUUCAUUCAGGUUUCAAGCACUACAGAUGAAUGCAAUAGGUUAGGGUAUACCUGCUUUUUCUGAAGAAACUGUACCAUUGGAAAGUCAUAUUCCUUUGUAUUAUAUUGUAUAAUAGGUGCUAUACCAAUAAUUGCAUGUCCUCAUGGUAAAUUAUAUAAUAUAAAUAUUUAAUAUAUACAUAUAUGUAUAUGCUUAUAUAUAUGCAUUCUUUCUCAUUUUCAUUUGUAAUUUAUGGACCACAAAUCAUACAGUUCCCUUUCUGUUAGUUCCUGUGUACUUAAAAUCUUCUAUUUCCCCCAAAAAAAUUCUGGAAUGCACAAAUUCUAAUAGCCUUUAUACCUUGGUACAAGGACUGAAGGGACUGCUAGUUUCUCAACCAGCCGAUGAUUUUGUCUUACAGCUUGCUUUUAUUCUUUUGUAAUUUUAUGUGUGCAUUUGCCUAUGGAACAAGAACAAAGACUCAAAGGUAUUUUAUUUUUUAUUACAAGUAGGUCUUGUGGUUACUCAUUUUUAUUUCAUAAUGUGAGUUCUUAAUGUGAAUACUUGUCAUAUAGGAACAGACACUCAAUGAAUAUCUAACAGAUGAAUGUGACAACAAAUUCCAUCUUUUUUUUCCCCGUUUUCCACGGUGGUAUACCGUCAGAAGGAAUUUGGACACAUUGUGAUGGUUUGCCCUGGGCACUGCUGGAAUUAUUUGUUAAGGUGGUGUGGGCAGCCCAUGAUUAUUUUUCCUAUUUUUGAAAAGCAUUUAUUAUGGUCUUCUAAGCUUAUUCCUACAUUAACAUGGUCAGUUUUAGUCAGUACCAACUUUAUGCAUCCUUGCCUGAAAUGCUGAAGUUGAGGUGUUUAUAUUUUCUCUCUAGUGUAGCAGGAUCCAGAAACAGGUAAAUACUUUGCGGCUGAGAAAGAAUAUACACCGAAGUUUUGGGUUUUUUUUUGUGUUGUCUUCAAAGUACAGGCUUGUCCAUUGUUAGACAUGACUAUGUAAAAUAAAUCAAUGCUGUAGAAUUCACUUGUACUUGAAACUACUUGCCAAUGUAAAAAUAGUAAACUAUGCCAAAACAGAGAAAAAGAUAUCAGUCGCAAUGAUGACCCAGGCUUCUUUUGGUGCAGAAAAAGGUAAAAGGACUGUAUAUCCCCAGUUGCUUUUUUGCUGUGGAUUCACAGGAUUUAACGAGGAAAAUCAUGCAGAUAUGAAUGGAGGAGCGAUUCUGAAUAACUUAUAUUGAACUACCUGCUCUUCUUGAGUUUUUUACUGCUUGAUACCCUCCCCUCAAAAGUUUACAGAAUUGCUUACUAUAUAGUCUAAGGUAGAAAUCACUUACUCUAGUUAGGUAAUGGUCAGCUGAUCAACUCAUACAUAAUAUUAGCUUAAUAUUCUAGAGAGCCUGUGUAAUCAUUAAGGACUCUGUAAGCUUAAAUAUUUGAAUAUCCAACUGCAGAAAAACACCAAUGUACAUGUGUGUGGCCCUUAUGCAGCGUGUGUAUGAAUGGUUUAUGAAGGAGUUUCCACAGCACAUUUUCAGGGACGGGGAAGAUUUUUCUCCAUAGUAUAAAAUGAUCACAGUUACUCUGCGUAGUGCAUAGAAGCUUACAUAGGGAUAUUGUCUGGGAAACAAGAAAAUUCAAGGAGCUGUUGCUUUGUCCUCUUCAAGCCUCCAUUUCUUUGGAGGGCAGUGCAGUGGAGCCAUGACAUGUAGCAGAUACAGAUGCUGCACACACAUUUCCUCUUUAUGGUGUUUCCUGUGUUGUGGCCAGCACUUUGGGGCAUUUUUUAGAGAAACUGAGGCAUGAAGCCUUUAAAACUACCAAUAGAACUUGAAAUCACUGGACAUUUCACACAGACCUUUGUGCUGUAGUAUUGCGUGAUAAAAUCAAUCUAAGUUGCAAUCUUAAAAAUAUGUAUUAAUAUUAAUUAACCUCCUUAUUAAUUGCAAAUGCCAGUUACUACUUAGGUAAAACCAUCUAAAGUAAUAGAUAGUAUGAUACAGUAAAGCGAUGCUGGCAAGUUGUAUGAUUGCUAGGCACCUAUCUACUACUUGAGCAGGAUUGAUAAGCAUAGUAAUUUUCACUGCCUCAAGGCAGGAACAAUAUGAAGUCUUAACUGCUAGUUAUAUAUAAUUAUACAGGAGGCAAACCCCUGCGGAGUGACACAAGGCAUUCAUUAUAGCCACCAGCCACGUCCUGUCUGGGAAAUCUGGACAUAUUCUUACCUUGAAGUCUGCAGUUUGUGAUCAAGCUUUCUUGCAUACCUCACUAAACAGUCUUGAUGUACAGGGGAGAAUCUGGUCUAUAUAUUAAAGAUAGCUUGAAAUAUUUUCAUGUGAAAAAGACUUGCAAGAGCUCUAUCAUCUAUGAUUGUAGUAGUAGACGUUAACUACAGCUGGGAAAACACAAUUUUGAUUUAUAUAUAUAUAAAAAUACACAUUUUUACAUAAGUGUAUCUACAUAUACACUUAUAUAGAUACUGUAUAUUAUAUAGAACUAUAUAUAUACAUACAUACAUAUGUGUGUAUAUACAUAUAGAUAGAAAACAGUGUCAGCUAUUCCAUCUGUUUACUGAAUUCAUUUCCAGAGUGAGACGAGGCAUGUUUUGCUUUGAUUUACUCUGGUCUCCUCGUCCUCUACUACAAUUUCCUAAUGAUGCCCUAAUUCCUGAUUCUGUGUCUUUUCGUAUUACAAGGCCUGAUUCUAUAGUCCUGCUUGGGCAAAACUCCUUUAAGUCCUUCUUAUUGCAAUAACAUUUUGCAACAGUUGAGUCUAAUGCUUCUAAAAAAAAUUUUCAUUUUCUUUCAUGAGAAUGUAGAUAAGCCAGACUUACAGUAUAGGUCUUUUUCUUGUAAACAGAAUUUUUCCGUAAAGAAUUGGACAUAUCUAUGGAACACUAAGAAACAUAAUUCUGGUAAGAAGAAACAGAUUAUUCCAGUUUCUUUAAAGGGUCUAGUGACAAACUAAGGAUAUGUGCCUCCAAUUUUUAUUUGUAUGUUAAAUGAGAGAGUAAUUUUCUGAAAAGGAAUGGGAGAAUAAAAGAGAGCACAAAGUCAAACAGGUUUCUAAUUAUAGGCCUAGAAUAUAUUAAUUUUUUUAUGCAGGGCUGAUCCUGUGAGGUGAUGAGAGCCAUGUCUGUCUUGUCAUUUUAAGUGAGCAAAGCUCUGGUUAGGUUGACAAACACCAUGAUUCCCUAUGGUGUGUUCUCUGUAUGCUUUUUCCACUGUUAGGAGCAGUCAUAGAACUGUCAGCUAUAUAAAUGAAAGCUUUGGCAAUUAUCCAUGAUUCCUUUCUUCAACUGGUAAAAGCUUUGGAUGCUCAUUGGAUGGUGAACAUGGCAGUGCUAGGUUAGUGGUUGAACUUGGAUUUUGGAGGUGUUUUCCAGGCUUGAGGAUUCUAUGAUUCCUGUUUCUGAAACUUGUGGAACAGGGCAUAAUAUUUUUAUUCUACUUCUUUUAGCUAAUCAAGUAGGCAGUGAACUGGAAGGCUUUGUUUGCUGUUUUCCUUUUGGCUCAAAUGUCAUUGCUUGUAAUUAUUACAAUUUUCAAUAACCAUGACCACCGGCAAAAGGAAGUGAGGUUCAAUGCUUUGACUACAUGUAAUACACAGGCACAGGUCAUACAUUUUUUAGCUAAUACAUGCAAAUCCCAUAAACAUGCACCUCACACAAGAAUACCUCAGGUGUCUGCUGGAAGCCAGUCUUCCUUUUCCCUACAUAUAGCAUUUGUGAAAGAGAAAUUAUAUAGAAGUCAGCCUGGAUUAUGUAAUAAUUGUCUGGAAUUAUCCUAAGACAUAGUCAAAUGCCAGAAAGUUUUAUCACUCAUUUUCAUGUGGUUUAAAUAAUCAUGUUUAAAUAUUCAUCUUUGGGGUUUUUUUUGUUUGGUAAUUUUUGUAGUUUUUUAAGAAUAAUUCACAGGAGUCCAUUGUUUCAAAGACUAAUAUAUUUAACUUGGCAAUUACUCUCGCCAUCCAGGUUUGAACAUGUAGGCUGAUUUUACUCUCCAUUGAUGGUAACACAUUCUUUCUUAACAGUAACAGUGACAAACCCAAAUGUUAGCAUAUGUCAUUCAUGUAUUUUGCUUCUGUUCCUCCUCUACAUUAAGAGCUUGGAUCCUUGGGAAGUCUUGCUGUUCUGUGCAGGUGAAAUUUCAUUAAAAUUAGUAUAGGGUCCUGUUUUGUUGAGGCUUCUUCCCCGAUUAGGGGCUGAAAGGAUAAACUCACUUAUUUUUUUUGUUAUUAUUAUGACAUGACAUGCCUUUUGAUCUCUACCUUUUCUGUAUUACUGCUGAGAGCCUGCUUUGGCCAAGAGUAUGAUGUGGUUUCUUCGAAAACAAUACCACAAGUGUGCUACUCAAGUGAAGUGCUGAUCAUCAACAAGUGUCUGUGGGAAUUCAGCUGGAAUUAAUUAAUGUUGUUUUGAGAUCACUUGAUCUUUGACCUAACUUUUAUGUAAAGGACUUAUAGUAACAGCAGAAUAGCUUGCUCCAAAAGAUGCAGUGUAAUUAGUUUGGUCUGCCUGACUUCCAAAUCCUUUUAACGUAUAUCUGCUGCACGGCAGGCAAGGUCAUAAAGGUUUGACACAAAGUGAGGGUGGGGGUUUUUUUGGCUAUUUCACAUCUUUUUCCUCUGACUGGAGAUCUGGAUUGUUGCCAAGCACCCUUCUCUGCAUCCUCUUUGCUUUUGUUGGCUAGAAAGCAAGAUUGGAAAUUCUUCCCCAACUUUUUACUUUCUUUCUACAGAGUCAGCCCAGAGAGAAGUUGUAGUGCUUGUGCUAACAGAUGCCAAUUUCCAAAUGCUUUCCUAUGAAUAUCCAAUCUAGUAAAUUAUGAAAAUCACCAGCAAUGCCUUCCGACAAGUGCUGACUUUUUGAAGCUGCAAACCAACGGCUGCUAAUCUAAAAUCUCUGGGCAAUACACAUAGAAUGAAAUCUGUGUAUGAAUUAAAAUACAAUGUUGUCACCCCAUAAGAAAUCAAGUAUGCAACAAUAAAGUCUGCAGCAUGAUUAAUUAAGUGGAAAGUAGUUUCCAAGGUAAUUUUUUACCAUUGAGGAAGACAAAUGAUGAGUCCUUCAAAUUCUCUUGCUCAGUAAUUGCAGUUCUCUCCCCUCUUUGGAAAUCUUCUAAGCCAUUCUUUUAAUUUAAGUUUGCUCAGGCACCCAAGCAUAAAGAGGUUAAUGCCCUUGUAAUGGUCAUUUGUACAUAAAGUUGUAAUUAUUUAUUUUCUCAUUUGUACCAUAUCAAGGCUUUGUACAAUGUUUAAGUUUUGUUUUCAAAUUAUUUGUAUUUUAUUUUAUAAACUGGUUCUAAAUAAAAUAUUCAUUCAGCAUGCAAAA